AUAAAUAGUACAUGAUGUAAGUGAUACAUUUGCGAAUAAAUAUAACUUUACAUCGUAAUAUUUUUGUAGGCAAUGGUAUAACACUUGAAUUAUUGAAAACAUUAUCAGCAGAUAUUCUCAAAGAAUUAUGUCCGCAUAUUGCCACAAGAUUAACUUUACAGCAACAUAUCAAUACACUUCUAGUUCAAAAUAGAAAUGACAAUGGAGAAGACGUUGAUGUGAAUACUUCAGAUGAUGAGACUGAUAAUCAACGUAGAGAGAAUGCUACAGAAGCAGAAGUUGACAAUGAAAUUGAUUAUUUUCCUUCUUUAGACUUAAUGAAGCAGAUAAAAGCAUCUCCAGAAGGACCUAUAAUUUUUGAAGAUUAUGAACAGAAUCGAAAGUUAAAUCCAACAAGUCAACAGUCAGUAGUGGACAUUAUUGGUCGCUUUCUGUUUCCUUGGCUAGAGAAGAAUGUGAUGAAGAAUUGUCACUAUCGUAGCUUAUUAAACAAAAUAAAAGAAACAUUUCCAAAUGAAUGUUUAAGCGUUUACUUUAUAAAACCAGUGCCAAAACGGCUUUCACCAACAAAUAAACCUAUUUCUAUGAGAGGCAAAUUGCCUGACAAAAUUAGGAAUACAAGGUUUACCUCCGGCAUGAGUAAGAGCAAAAAGAAACGGCUAAUCAAUGUGUUUGAUUUAAGCAUUGAAGACAAACGACGUCGAUAUAAUGAAUUAUCAGAGGACCAUGUUUAUGACGUUGAAUGGUUGAAAGAAAAUUAUGAACCUUGGGACACUGUUAUAGAAAAAUGGAGAAGUACUCAUGAAAUCAGAAGCUGUUGUACUCAUAAGACAGUUGCUGAAUUUUUUAAUGAAUGGCCUAUACUCAAUGACUUAAGAGGAAAAGAUUUGAUUUUUAUGGAUUUCGCAUGUAUGUACCCUGAUAAAAUAAAUCUUUUGCGGUCUAGUUGGCCUACGUUUUUUGACCGAAUCAAAACUUUGAGAAGUUCAAAAUAUGCUAGUGAUGAAACAAUCCAAUCCUAUAAGGAAUUGAUUUCUACUUUGGAGAAUGAAGUAGAAAGCAUCAAUUGUAAUGACAUUAAACGUUUUUUCUGA